UGUAAUUACAUUACAAAGAAAGGGAAAAAUUUUGCUCAAAAGUAGCAAAAUCGAAGGAACGUUGGCAACGCUGAUUGCUUAAUCGAGGCGUCGUCAAGAGGAAAAUGGUCGACCAACGAGUAAUGGAGGCGACCGUCUAGUCGUUUAUUGUACCAUGGAGGAAUUACUUUCUUUGAAGUGGAACAACCAUCGUUCCACAUUUCUCCACAUUUUGGGCGUGCUCAGGGACAAGCAAUCUUACACUGAUGUGACCCUGGCAUGCGACGGCAAAUUCUACAGUGUCCACAAGUUGGUGUUGUCGACGUGUAGUGAUUACUUCUGUGCCAUGUUUGAAAAAACUGCUUGCAAGAGCCCUGUUAUAGUGCUGAAAGACAUCAAAAGUAAUGACUUAGAGGCCUUGCUAGACUAUAUGUACCUUGGUGAAGUGAAUGUGAGACAGAGUGACUUAGCGUCUUUAAUAAAGGCUGCAGAAAACCUUAGAAUAAAAGGACUUGCCGUACCUGAUGAUGAACCCCCUUCUAAAAAGGGUAGUGUUGGUGCUCCUAGUCGUAGAGACGGUGGUAGUGGUAGCCCCCCUGCGAAAAGAAAACGUAGAGACGAAAGUGAAGAUGGUAGGGAAGAUGUAAGACCCUCUUUGGGGGAGUUGCAUACCCCUCCCCCUCCUUCUUCUAGACCAAAGAGCCCUGGAAUUCAGCGGCUAAGUCCUUCUCCCCUUAGAACCCCUCAGGAGUCUCAUGCCUCAGAAGACCGUGAUAACCGUCCCCUCUCUUCACCGGCGGAGACUUCUUCCUCACACUCGCAAGCACAAAUACCCCACCAGUCAUCACAGCAAUCAUCGUUACAAUCUGCUCAACAAUUAGGUGAUCAAAUUUCUCAGUCGAUGGGUAAUCAGUUCAGAGGGGAAGAGACUCCGUUUGUGAAAGUGGAAAUGACUGAUGAUGAAACAGAUGGUGCCAAUAGGGACACUUAUAGUAUAAGCAGUGAGAAUUUUAAAGAGGAGGGGGAUGUAGGGGGUGAGCUGAGCAAUGACCUUCCAGAAUUCCUUCAACAAGCGGCGUCCAGUGCCUUAGCCGGCACUUCAGCCUCUUACCACCAGUCCUUCGCGGGACCCUCAGGCUUCCAGCCGGAGGUGUCUAGCUGGCAUGGAGACGGACAGUCCUUGCCAGGCAAUUUUCCUGGAAUAGGCUUUCCGCCUACCUCGCAAGAAAAUCCACCAGGGAGGCUUGAUGUUGGAGUGACAAGGGAGGACCUUGCAGCGUCUGCAGCAGCAGUGGCAGCAGCAGCAGCAGCCGCAUCAGUAGCAGCAGGUGGGGGAACUGGUCCCUUAGGUACUGCUGAAGGCACGCCCCUUGGUGGCAAGCACCAGUGUGGGCUUUGCGGCCGAUAUUUCACAGAACGUAACAACCUUCAUCGGCAUAUGCGGAUCCACACAGGCUUCAAGCCAUAUCGUUGCCCUUUAUGUCCUUACCAAUCGAAUCGGAAUGGAAAUCUUGUGCGCCACAUGGAGUUUAAGCAUGGCAGACACCACUGAUUAAACUGUCAGCUUUGUGACACAUGUCUCAAGUACAAGAAGUAUUUGUGACCUUGAUCUUAUAUGUGCUGUACCAGGCAUUUCAAACUACAGGCAUAAGAGUCAUUGAUUUUUUAUUCAUUAUGUCUGAUGAACGUAAAAAUGUAUUUUUUUUUAAGAAAUCAAGAAACAAAUGAAUAAAUUUUUCACGCAAAUCCAUUAAUCAUAUGUUGCAUUAUUUCCUUGGACAGAAAAUGCCCAGUCACACCAACUCAUACUGAUCAAGAUUGAGAGGCUUACAGUGAGAAUGCGCAGACCUGCAUAUGAUGUGCAUUUCUCAUUUUUAGGUGGUAGAUAAAUUUGACUGACCUCACUUAACAAAAUAAGAAUAAUUUUAAUGAGAAGAAAAGGUAGCCAAAGCAGGUAUAUUGGCUAUAGCAGUAGAAGAGGUAGCCAAGGCAGGCAUAGCACUAGAAUAGAUAGCCAAGGUGGGCAUAAUAGCAGUAGGAGAGUAGGUAACUAGGGCAGAUAUAUAAUAGUGGGAGCAACUGUCAAGUGUACCUUGAGUGCAAAGCAGUGCUAGGCAUAGAGCUUACUGACACACUUCAAAGCUGUCAUAACUAAAAGAAAUAGAUUUCUGAGAAUCGGGUCACUUGAGAGUAAUUCCGCAGAAAUAGUUUGGAGAGUCAGUUAUAAAAGAAUGACAUAAGAAUGAAUCCACAGAAAGGCCAUGUGGAGGGAUGGUCAGUGUCUAUAAUUGAAGCAAAAUCCCAGGUAGGAAAUUGUCCAAAGUGAUGAAUGAAGUUUGAAGUAUCACAAACAGGUCUAAAGUCUAGUUUGUGGUAAAUUAUUAUAUGAGAUGGGGUCAUUUUAUACCCCUUAAUUGUGAUUAAGGGUACAUUUUCCUUUAAAAUCGGAGAUACCCAGAUACCCAUAUAUUCAGAAUUAGCAGUCAAGAAUCAGAAGCGUCUGUAGUAGAAGUAUUCCCUUUGUCACACCAGUGACAAACUAUGCCAACCUUUUGUAGAAUAGUUGGUGAUUGAGGUCCUACGGAGUUGCAAUUGCUGUUGGAUAAUUUCAAUACUUGAAGAUGAUGAGACUAUAGACAAUUGUUGAAGCUGUGAAAGGAUAGUUUUAGAAAUUUUCUCAUGGGGGGAAGAAUACUGGGCAUGGCUCUGACCUAAUCCACAAGGUGGUUAGUGAACCACUUGUAUUAAGGCCAAAGAAAAGUGUUGAGGGUCCUCUUAUUGUUGAUGAUUAUGAAAUUGGCAGUACUAGUAUACUUAUACCUGCUUUAGGUGACCAGUAGGAGGAAGGCAUAUACUGUUGGUUUUUUGUCUAGCAUUUCUUUCUGUCACACAUGGCUGCUGAAUUCAGCCUAGGUAAGAAGUAGAAUGUCAGUUUCUUGUCGAGCAAUUUUGCUAUAGUCUGUGUCACCUGAUCUGUCACCGAGUAUUGUCUUCAUUAACAAUUUGUCAUGGCAACACUGCUCAUGACAUCAGCUACUUACUGGCGUAAUUUCAUUUUAUUCAAAUAUGUAAUGAAAUAGGCAUUGAAUUCCUACCAAAGCACUUAUUUAUAUGGGAGACAAGGGAUUAUACGCAAAAUAUACAAGUUACUUUAAUGGUAAAUGUAUCCUUUUGAGUUACUAAUGACAUACCGGGGUCAUAAUGAUAAUAUGCAGGUAGUCCCCGGUUCACGAUGGUUCCAGCUUACGAGUUCUGAGUUUAUGAUGGUUUUCAAAUAUAUUUAUCAGAAAUGAUUUCCUUAUGUACGGUGUAUGUUCUGGGGGGUAUGAUGCUUAUGAUACUGACCCAAUGGAAGAAAUAUGAAUCCACAAAGGCAAAAUAAUCAAUAUAUGAAGGUUUUUUAAUGAAAAAUGUAAUAAACGUGCAGUUUAUGUAGUUUUCAAUAGACCCAAACCAGUAAAAGUAAAGCUUUUCUUAGGAUUUUCGAGGAUGUUGCGGUUUACAACGAUUUUCAGCUUACGGCGUAGUGCAAGAACAGAACCCCUUUUUAAAACCAGGGAAUGCCUGUAAAAGCUAUAUACCAGUAAGAAAUACUGGUGAAUGUAUGUGAACAACCAGAGAAGGAGGAAGACUGUGGGAAAUGAUCUAACUUGACUUUUGGAUUCAGAGUGUCUGCUGAAACUGAACUCCUGUCACUUGUAUUUUAAUAAACAAUAUAUGUUACAUAAACAUCCUUUAAAAUGUAUGAAACUGUUGUAAACAUGCCAAAUGACUUGAGUGCAUAAUAGUAUGUUUUUUUAAUUGAUUGUUAUAAGUAUUUUAAAAUAGCCUAUAUGCAUAAUAAGAAAUAGAACUAAAGACUCUAAGUUCCUGCUUAGGUUUGUUAAGAUUUCUUAGAAGUAUACAUACUGUUAAUAUUACCAUUGUCUAUCAUACAUGCUUUGCUUAUGACUUUUUCUUCAUAAAUUUGUCCCUAAUUGAUAAAAGUCACCAAGUGAAAUAAAUUGUAAGAAAUCAGUAUAUAUUGGCUCAUCAGACCUCUCAAAAUUAAUUUCUGAUCUGAAUUUUGCACACUCCUAUACGUACUUGUUAUUCUUUCUUUCUUGCUGAUCUCGAUACUAACUUUCACUACAUUGUUUUUUGUACUUAUAAUUAAAUAGAAAUCAUGUAGUAAGAAUGAAAUGGGUUAGACCUACAGUGCACUUGGAGGUGAGGGUAUUGUUACAAUAGCUCUUUAAAUUUCUGGUGGGAGAACAUUAGAGAACUGGCUUUUAACAAAGCUAGACUGUAUUUUAUGGAAACCAUGAGUUUAUCAGUGUACAAAAUAUUGCAAAAAAAAAUUAUUAAGAAUUAAAGGUGAUGCAAUUUAAAUGUGCUCAUGUUAGCUUAAUGCAACUAAAUAUUCAAAAUUCUUUCCCUGUGAUGCUGAAAGAAACACCUUAUUUUUAAUGUUUUUUUAAAUAUGUUUCUGCCUUUUCUCAAUUUCUUGGUGUUUUGAAAUGUGUUUCUAUCUUUUUUCUCACAUUUAGUAAGUUAUUUUCUACUAACCCAGCAAACCUUACAGUACUUAUAACCAUCAUUGGGUUGUGACUUUUAGUAUCAGUGGACACCCGUAGAUAUUAUGACUGGGCAAGGCUGGUGUGAGGUAAAAUCAGCAUAGGCCUACUUAUAAGAAUGCAGUCCCCCAUGCUGUGUUACUAAAUACAGCAAAAGUAUAUUAUAAAAAAAAAAAGUUAGUAUUGGAGGCACAUUUAAAGAUGUGUUUUUGACACUGCCUUUGGAGUGAAUGCUUGAAGUACCAGGGUACUAUGGAGGUCUCAGAAUAAAUUAGGAGGGGGUGAAGGAGCCCUGGGAGAAGCACAAGGAUGAGCCACCAGAUUAUGAUCUGCAACAGUUGGUUUUGUGCUGAAUUUACAGGCAGACAGGCUGAGGGCAUUAUUUUAUGUCUUAUGAUCAGGGUAGGUUCUGCAGGUGUUCAUGGGCUCAUUCUGUGAAGAGAGCUCGUCUUUGCUCUAGCAGCCUUUUAUUGGCCAGCGUCCACUGGAGACUUGUUUGAACUUCCACAACUGGGAAGAACUCUGUCUUCUGGAAGGUUGACAUCUGGAGGCAUAUCCAAUCAUUAAGUAGUGAUUCUUGUUGUGGCUGCAAGGCUAAGUAUGGGAACAGUUCAUGACAUUCAGUGAUGGAAUGGAGUUGCCUCCCGAAAUCUCACUUCUUAUCUCCCAGUUAGCUGUUUCUGUAGACAAAGAACAAUCCAUAGUCGAGGGUCCAGAGUACUACAAGAUGGAGGGGAAUGAGUUCUUCUCAAAGGACUGAGUAAAGGGUGGAAAUGAAAACACAAUAUUGUAGGUGAACUAAGAAGUCAGUCCACAGAUUUUUUGGUAGCUUACUGCCAGGAGCUUUGCAAGGUCUUCUGGGUGGUGACUGGUGAAGGAUAAAAAAAAAAAAGCAUUAAAGGAAUGAUGCUUUAAGGAAGACAGCAUGUAUUGUGAACAUUGCAAAGGCUAGGAGAGUCAGCAGUCUUCCUGUUAGCAAAGGAACCUUCCUUGGCCGAUGAGAUGAGAUGAGAAAGAGCCCCUGCUUUCCUUUCUAAUCAGAAUGGUGACCAUGAGUCCUUGCUGAGGGAGUAGAUAUGGUGAUGGCUGAGGCCUUGUCUAACAAAACUUGUCCUUAGACAAAUUGAACAAGAGAGGGGUUACAUGUUCAAAAGCACAAAGUACAAAAAGACAUCAGCAGGGAACUCCAACACAGGAAAUUCACACAUCCUUUUAGGGGUAAAAUGAAGCAACUGAUUAACAAACUACCUAAUUAUUACACUUGCACAGAAGUUAAAGUGAACACAGUAUUCUGUUACUCCAGGAAGGUGGAUACUGGAGAAAGGUACAAGUUUGGCCAGGCAGAUGCCAAUGGCAAAUAAGUAAUCAGUAUUAGGUCCAUACUCAAGAAUCAGUAGGCCACAUUUGCCAAAGUUCCGGUAUGGCAAAUUUCACAAAAUUAUGAAGUUUUUAAAAACAGACCUUUGAAGGUAACAGGUUGCUGUAUGUAAAGGUCAAAAUGACUACAUGAGUAAUCAUUAAACCAAAUACAGAAGAGUUAAUGAUGAAAAGAAAUAAAACCAGUGAAAAAAUGAUGGCACACUAGGAAAUUUCACAUGAGUUUCUUGGGAAGGGCAAUGAUGUGGAAUUUCAAUUCCCUGAAAAAGUGAGGAGAGUAACAGUGACAUGAACAAGUCGAGGUGCAGUAGAGGCCUCUCAGUCUGAAUUGUAGGGCUUGGUUUGGCUGGGUAUAUUUUGUCCACAGAAAUAAGACAACAAAUAAGCCAGUUGUGAUGAAACUAAGUAAAGUUUUGCUAAAAAGAUUAAUUUAUUAUAAUGAACAUAAAGAUUGAAAGUGCCCCUGCAACACUGCUAUUUGUAAUAUUGCAAGGGUGUUAUUGUGAUUCUUGUAUGUACUUGUUAAGGGGAAGUAAAUGACCAAGAUCCUAAAUUCAGCUCUUGUUACCUACUAAAGUGGACUUUUGCAAGCAGCACAUAUUCAUGUGAGUCCUGAAUAAGGUAGGAUUAAGCUCCGUUGAUUCAUAAUUUGAAUAUUUUUCAGGGCUUGGAAGUUUGCUUUGAGAAUCCCUGAAAAUGUGGAAGUACAGUAUGUAAUGAAAAAGUUACUACUGAAAGUUCCUGAGAAUUUUUGAAAGUAUGACAUGUACAGGCAGUCCCCAGCUUAUGACGGGUUCGGCUUACGACUUUCCGUGGUUACAACACUUUUCAAUCAUAUUCAUCAGAAAUUAAUUCCAGGUUUACGACAUGUUUCAGGGUUAAGGCGCUUGCGGCGCCGAUCUGGCGGAAGAAAUAUGACUUGAAAAAAUGCAAAAUAAUCAAUAUUUGAAGUUUUUUUAUCAUGAAAAAUGCAAUAAAGAUGCAGUUUACAUAGUUUUUAAUACAGCCAAAGCUUUAAAAGUAAGGUUUUCUUAGGAUUUUCGACGAUUUUCCGGCUUACAACGAUUUUCGGCUUAAGAUGCGUCUCUAGAACGGAACCCCCGUCGUAAGCCGGGGACUGCCUUAUAAUAGAAAUUUCGUAGUUAUAAUGAGUAAUCCCUGGUGAAGAUAAAAAGUAUGUGUAUUGUUUAACAGCCUGUUGAUUAUUAAAAGUUGCUGCAUGAUGUGUAUGGCAAGUUUUGUUUCUUGUCUCAUGAAAAGGAACCCUAUUGUAUAUAAGGAGUACGUAUUUGAUACUGAGUUAUUGAAGAAGGUUUAGGUAUUGAAAAAGUUUAAUGAAAGUUUAAAGAAUGCUUUUCAGUUAAUUUCAUGAAAUCGGUUUGUGGAUUUCGACAUUGGUUCUCAGAGAAGCGUGUUUGACUACUUAAUAAUGUCAUGCUUAGAGUAUCUUUUACUAUUUUGAAAAUAAAGCUGUAUAUUGAUGUGA